UUUGAACCUAGAUUGACGUCAAGGACAAAAAGGAUAUAGCCUUUUUAACAGGCAACUAAGCAAUUUGGGUCGUGCUAUCCCCAAGGUGCUGUCGCCUCGCGUGCUUCGAUAUCUGAUCCAGGGUCCAUUAGCAGAUAUUUUUUUACAAUAUAAAUUUAAAACUAUUUCAAAACAACGUUUAAAUUUAUUGUAUAAAUGCAUAGUUCCAAUUAGUGCUACAAAUCAACGUUAUUGAUAUUGUCGCCAUUAAAAAUAUAUUAGUAUUCGAUUACGCACAAAAUUAAGAAAAUUUACAAACCGAAUACAGAUACUUUUGACAAUGCAGACCGAACUGGUGGUACUCAUAUUCUUCUGCUGCCGCCUUAGCGGUAAAGAGGCGAGUUGCGAUGAACAGUUGGUGUACAAGAUGACGAACAUAGAGUGCGUCGGAAACCCGGAGCGUGUGAAAAAUAUCUCCUGCAAUUUAAAAGCGGUCAACUGGACUAGGGCCAUCGCUAACAUGGAUUGUUACCUCCCCGUCCCACUGUGUAACCCUGUGAUUCGGUUGCAGCUCUUCAAGAGGGACUAUAGCAACCAGUGGAAGCCUUUCCUGGUGGAUGUGUCUGUUACCGUAGGCGACGUGAUGUCUAGGAGGAGCUUCCUGCCCUACGGUGUCAUCAUGUGGAAGAUGUUGCAGCGUUUCACUAACGUCAACCACUCCUUCCCGAUUUCGGGUCAUCUAUUUGCUCGGAAUGGUUAUCUGGACCCAUCAUUGGUACCACCCUUUCCUCUUGGGCUCUACCAGGUCAGUGCCGUUAUCGUGGAUAGGAAUUCCAGCAUUAGCGAGUACGUGGGCACCGUCAAGUUCUAUAUGCAGUCCAUGUUGCCGGUGAAGAGCAAGAAAAGGCCUAGAACUAAGGCCCAGGAGCCCUAAGACAUCUCAGGAUGUAUUCGGAAUAAAACUGAUAAUUGGAACAUUUUUCAUUAUUUUCUUUCUAUAUAUUUUCAUUUCUCAGCGCGUUUACAUGUUCUCGUUCGGUUUCAGUGUCUGUUUGAGUCCACUUGUAUAUAC